AUGACUACCCGGCUACUGAUUGCAUCAAGAACAGGAGAUCUCACAACUGUACGACUACUAUUGAAGAACAAAGCAGAUGUGAAUCAACUUAAUGAAAACGGCAAUACACCAUUAAUCUGGGCAUCAUAUAAAGGACACCUUCCUAUCGUCCGAGAACUAUUGAAAAACAAAGCAAAUGUGAAUCAUGCUAAUAAAUCUGGCGACACUGCAUUAAUACUUGCAUUGCACAAAGGGCAUCUUGAUAUUGCACGAUUGUUAUUAAAAAAUAAAGCAGAUGUAAACCAAGGUGAUAAGUAUGGUGACACUGCGUUGAUGUGGGCUUCAGGUAGAGGACAUCUAAAAAUUGUUCGAGAAUUAUUGAAGAACAACGCUGAAAUCAAUCUGGCUGAUAAAGAUGGCAACUCUGCAUUGAUGUUGGCAUCAUAUGGAGGACACCUUGAUGUUCUACGUGAACUUCUGAAAAAUAACGCUGAUGUUAAUCAGACUGAUAAUAAUGGCAACACAGCAUUAAUAUUAUCAUCCGGUGCAGGACAUUUAAAAAUAGUAAAAGAGUUGUUAAAGAAUAACGCCCAAGUAAAUUUUGCUGAUGUGAAUCUAAUGGAUAGACAAGGAAAUACAGCGUUGACAAUAGCUUCAUAUUUAGGACAUCUUGAAACAGUAAGAGAACUUUUGAGAAACAAUGCAGAUGUGAAUCUAGCUGAUCAAAAUGGAGACACAGCGUUAAUAUGGGCAGCCUGUAGAGGACAUCUUGAAAUUAUCCAAGAAUUGUUAAGAAAUAAAGCUGAUGUUAAGCUAGCUAAUAAAAAACAUUUGAACAAUGAUACAAAAUACAAAGGAAGUGGCAUCUUUGAUAAGUACAGCACUAAAAAGUUUUAA